ACAAAAUCCCCACUACCAAAACCAACGAAGACGAGAACCUCCUCGGAGUCGAGGUUGCGCUGAAGCCAUGGCGACCCGCCUUGGGCGACUAACGGUAGCUGCGUUGUCGUCUCAGAUUCGGAGAUCAACGGCCCACUAUUCGUCUCUGACCGCGAUCAGCGUCGGCCAGGGUGGGUCCCAAACGAGACUGUGGUCUUCAUCAUCGUCUAGUAAAUCUGAUAAGGCGGAGAAGAAGAAGCCGUUAGGAGACCGCCUAUCGGCGGUGAUAGACGCCGUUAACGACAGUAAACUUCCUCCUGAGCUCCGUGGUCAGCGCAACAACAUCAGGUCAGAAACAGAUAUAAUCAAUGUGGUGGAGCAAAGAAUAUGGCAUUCUAUGGAAGCAGGGCAGUUUGAGAAUUUGCCGGGGAAAGGGAAGCCCCUAAACUUAAGUUCAAAUCCUCACGCAGACCCAGCUGAGGACACUUUGUACCGAAUCCUCUCAAAGAAUGGCUGCGCGCCACAGUGGGUUGAGCUCAACAAAGAGAUAAGGAGCCAGGUUUCGGAAUGGAGAAUCGCUCUGAAGAAGGCUUGCGCAAGCAAAAAUUGCAACGGGGGCGGGGACGGGGGUGAUCAAUCGAAAUGGGUUGAAGCUUCAGAGGCUUUGAAAUUGCAAGUGAAACAGAUCAAUAAUAAGGUACUGCAGUAUAAUCUUAUGGCUCCUUUCGGCCGUCAAAUGUUUGGACUCAACUGGGACAAGGAGCUGGAUCGUUUGAAAUCGGAGGAACAAUAAUCCCUAAUAGGAGUAGCCGAAAUUGAAGAUAAGAUGAGGGAAAUUCGGUAAGGUGGUUGGACAUGUGAAAUGAAUACCUAUAGACGCUCCGGUAGUUGCAUUUGUUUUGGUUGAGGUUAAGUAGCUUCGUAUAUUGGUAUUAGUAGGCAUGGGAAACCAGAUGGUGCUGUAAAAGUUUAAAUUGUGCUUAGUUUAUCAAAUGUUAAAAUUCUGGAUUUUGAUUCGCGAUUGCGUAUUUCUUUUGAUUCGAA